CUGCUUUGUGGCCAAAUACCAAGGUGGCCGCAACGGAAAUUGGGUGAGCGCAGUCGCAACCAACCUUCGAGUGUAAGCGCACGUACUCAAACGGCAAAGGAAGAUCUUAACGCGCCCGCAAGCGCAAUUGGAAAAGCGGAUAAACUCACAUGCACACACAUGCAUACACCGUAGAUAAUAUGUUCUUAAAUACAUAUGUUUGUAUAUGUAUGUUUCGUUUAGUACAUCCAUAGGGAAAAUAUGACAUGAAAAUAUGAAGUGAAGUGAUAAGUGUAUACGAGUACUGUGAGACUUUCACUGAGUCAGAGUAUGCAGCAAAUGCAUGCAGAAAAAACUUACUCAUAAACUAAACAUAACACUUUUUCAAAUAAUAGAUAAAUUGGUUGAAACCUAAUGAAUAUCCAUGGAAGUGAAUGAAUAUUGAAAAAUCUGCUAACAUCCAUACAUCACAGGUAUUACCAAAUGCUAAUUGGUGUCUGAAAACAAUUAAAACGAGCAUCGAUAAAAUAACCGUUCAAAAUUGCUUGUUAUAAUCAAUGUCGGCGUUUUAACUUCAACUAUAACCGUUACCCAUUGUUGGUAAUUAUAAAAGGCAAAUCUCGUUCGUUCGUAAAUUUAAUUACUCAUUCGCAAGAGUGUUGAGCGGAAAACUAAACGAGCGCUCAUUCACUUUGUUGCAGUGUGAAGUACGCGAGUAGGCAGUUUUAUAACAUCACCUCACUGCUUAAACAAAAACAUCAACAACGGCUCCCUCCAACGCUUAUGAUAUAAUGCGCGAGGACGACAUAGAAAUCGCCAUCAAGGUGGUGAUUGUGGGCAAUGGCGGUGUGGGGAAAUCAUCGAUGAUUCAACGCUACUGCAAAGGCAUUUUCACUAAGGAUUAUAAAAAGACGAUUGGCGUGGACUUUCUGGAACGACAAAUCGAAAUCGACGGCGAGGACGUGCGCAUAAUGCUGUGGGAUACUGCCGGCCAAGAGGAGUUCGACGCCAUAACCAAAGCUUAUUAUCGCGGCGCACAGGCGUGCGUGCUAACCUUUAGCACGACAGAUCGCGCCUCCUUCGAGGCAAUCAGGGAUUGGAAGCGCAAAGUGGAAAACGAAUGCAAUGAGAUACCAACGGUGAUUGUGCAAAACAAAAUUGAUCUUAUUGAACAGUCGGUUGUGAGCGCAGAUGAGGUGGAAACUUUGGCGCGCCAAUUAAAUUGCCGUCUCAUACGUACUUCCGUGAAGGAAGAUGUGAAUGUGGCCUCCGUUUUCCGGUAUUUGGCCACAAAAUGUCAUCAGUUGAUGCUCAGCGAAAGCACUGAACAGACAAAUGCCCAUUCAGGUGGAAGUGGUGGUGGCAUGGGGGCCGGCUUGAAUGGCGCUUCAAGCGGUCAUCAGCCCACAAUUAGUGCAUUCAGUCCGACAUUUACGAAAAACAAUAGCGGCACAAUUGUGUUGCGCGCUGCCAAAAAGAGUUCAGCGGCGCGAAAACGUAAAAUUGUGCUGAAAAAAUGUGGCAUUUUGUGAUUUGCGUGACAACGACUGGCGAACGACGGACUACAGGUGAUGGACGAGUGGUGAAGGAUUACACGUUGCUGAGCUGCGGGCACGAAUUCGAUGUGUAAAGGAAUUGUUGGCGAGUGUGGGGAAGCGGAACCAGUUGCUUGCUGUGAGUGUAAGCCAAGAAGCGGUGCACUAAAAAGCAUGUACAGGUGUGUGUGUGUGUGUGUGCGCAUGCAUAGGUGCAUUAUUUAAAGUAUAGACUCGCGAAGAAUAAUAAAAAGAGAGCAAGCGGCAAGUGACGAUGAUUCCACAACAUUUUUUUUUUUUUAAAUAAUAUAUGCAUUGAGUUAUUGGAGCAUAUUUAACUGUAAAACAUAUUAGACUAAUUAAAAAUGAAUACCAAAUGAAGUGCGCGCGCGCGCGCGAGUAGCCAACUUGAAAGCAAUGAAAUAUGAAAGCAAAAAAAAACUUCAAAUGGAAUAAAUAAAAACUGAAAAUUCAACAAAGUGCAUCUCAGUAUGUCCGUCCACAUGUACAUGUGCUGGUGUGUUGGCAGAAUCGUGCAACCAACAUUAAAGAAUACUAAAAACAAAAAAGAAAACUAAGCUGGGCGGCAUGCGCAGCUCCUUUCAGAUUUUAUAACACGAACAAAUUGCAUAAACUUUUUGGCAGCAGCCUGCCUUGCUAGUCUUCUAAACAAUACUUUUAACACGAAAAGCGCCAACCUGAGGAAACUAAUGAAGAUCUUCUUGUCAAGAGGCAGAGUUGGUGGUCUUAUUUCUGGAAAUUUGCGUGCGAUGCAGUAUCCCACGGCUCGGCGGUAAUUGAACUCAACCAACAUAUGCUAAACCUUUUUGAAUUGCUAGACUGAUAUACAUACAUACAUACAUACAUACAUAUACGGUACAUAGACGUACACACAUACAUAUGUAAAUAUUUACAUACAUACAGUACACACACACCUGGAAAAUAAUGAACUAAUUUUAAUGGAAAUUUGCAUGAUGAUCUUUGAAUUAAUUAAACAAAAAAAUUAUGAGUAAUACAUGAAUAUGAAAUUAUUAAUUAAUGGUUAUUAUGUUGAUUGGUACAAACAUACGUUGUAUUUGUGUAUUAUAUUUUGAAUGUAAUUUAAAGUAGGGAAGUCAUUUUGUAUGUGUAUAUGCGACAAGCGCGUGUGUAUUGUUUUUUAACAAUUACUACUAACUUAAAAUACCUAUGCGAUAAUUGGGAUAUAUUUAGUUAUAUAAUUUAUGUAUUUUUUAAUUGAAAAUGAAUAUAAUAUUAAUAAUGUGUGAAAUAAAAUUGAUUUGCAUGUAA